CAACAAUUCUUAAAAAAAAUCCAGGAAGACCGUUUCUAUCUCCUUCAGAGAGGAGAAAAGGGGGCGUGAGGAAAAAGGGGGGAAAAAGAAGAGAUGAGGCAGGAGCCGGGGUUUGGCAGCAGUGACUGUAACCCCUGAGUUCUGUGUGUGUGUGUGUGAGUGAAUGAGUGUGUCUCUCUGUGUAUGUGGGGGGUUUGGAGUUGCCUCUUCUGUGUAUUAUUUGAAGUGGCCAUUGGAGGCGGGAAUCCAGGCCGGGUAUUGAGAGGAGCCGAAGGAAAAAAAUAAAGAGAAAAUAUCGCUUCAAUAUCCCUCAAGAUGGCCGCCAAUGUGGGAUCGAUGUUUCAAUAUUGGAAGAAAUUUGAUCUACGGCGCCUCCAGAAGGAGCUGAAUUCGGUUGCAUCAGAGCUAGCAGCUCGUCAGGAGGAGAGUGAACAAUCUCACAAGCAUCUAAUAGAACUGAGCCGAGAAUUCAAAAGAAAUGUACCUGAGGAGAUUAGAGAAAUGGUGGCCCCUCUCCUAAAGAGCUUUCAGGCUGAGGUGGUAGCACUUAGUAAAAGAAGCAAGGAGGCCGAGGCUGCCUUUCUUAAUGUUUACAAGCAAUUAAUAGAAGCGCCAGACCCUGUUCCUUCUCUUGAAGCAGCACGUAACCUAGAAGAGAAACUGCUCCACCUCCAACAUAAUGAACCAGAAAAUCGAAGAGGGAAGGAGAUCCUGAGGCACUGUAAGAAACAAUCUGAACUGUUCAACUGUGAAGCCACAGAACAAUCAGCAGAAACCUCUCCAACUGGCUUUGAGGCGCCUGAAGAAUUACAAAAGACCAGCACAGACAGCACAGCACUUAAAAGCGAUAACCUGUCACAGAAAAAUGAGGCAGAAAAAGAAAGGAGACUACAGGAAGCACAGAUCACCUUGGCUGCCAGACUUGGGGAAGCAGAAGAAAAAAUUAUGGUCCUUCACUCAGCUUUGAAGACAACACAAACAGAGCUCCUGGACCUGAGGUGCAAAUAUGAUGAAGAAGCAGCAUCUAAGACAGAUGAAUUGGGAAUGAUCAUGACCAACUUAGAAAAGGCUAACCAGAGGGCUGAAGCUGCUCAGAGAGAAGUAGAGAGUCUUCGAGAACAGUCUGUAAACAGCUCCAUCCAUUCGGCCUGCCGCUCUCCACGGAUUGCUGGUGUGGACCAAGCAGACAUUUUGAUGUGCCCUGGUUCAAGGCUGGAGGCAGCCCUGGUUGCUAAAGACCGAGAGAUUAUCCGAUUGUUGAAAGAGAUUCAACACCUCCAGACUGCCCUGCAUGAACUCCAGGAGAGUUCAGCAAAUCAGAUUGCACAGUUGGAGCGGCAACUAGCACGAAAGACUGAAGCUGUGGAGAAAUUAGAAAAGAAGUUAAGUGCACAAUUAGACCACAUGGAACAGAAAACAGAAUUAAGCAUUUUCAAAUCAGUGAACCCAGUGUCUGCAAAUGGCUGUGCAUCCCAGGAUAGAAGUAAAGACACGGAAGAUACUCUACCGGAAAAAGAGAUGACCCCUCAACCUGAGAAGAAAUGUUUACAAGAGAAGCUAAACACAAAUUCAGACAUGGGUAUGGUUGCAGAUGAGGAGCAACCUGAAGAGAACUCCGUGAAAGACACUCUGAGCAUUGUGAAAGACACCUUAAGCGCAGAGCGUCCUUCACCUUCUCCUCUGCCAGUGCCACAUUGGUCAGGAGACGAGCAAGCCUCUCCGAAGUCCGUACCAGCACAUGGGUCAGCCCGAGGAUCGGAAAUAUCUGGAGCAUUUCCUGUCUCUCCAUUCACUUUGGUAAAAACAAACGAGAAACCCUGUGUAGAGCCACUGCACCAUAAGCCCCUGAUGUCACCCCUUUACACAAAGGAAACUGCAAGUACAGUUGUUUACCCAACUGCACUCUACUCUGCCAAGGGAGCGUUAAUUGUUGGGAACAGUUCCAAUAACUCUGAGGCAGUUCCAUCGAGUGACCAUUCAGAAAGCAGCAGUUCGAGUGGUGCCGAUGAAGAACAUCUGGAGACAGCUGAAAUCGCUUUUCAGGUUAAAGAGCAACUGCUAAAGCACAACAUUGGACAACGUGUGUUUGGACACUACGUCCUGGGAUUAUCACAAGGAUCCGUUAGUGAGAUUCUUGCCAGACCCAAACCAUGGCAUAAACUUACUGUUAAAGGAAAGGAGCCUUUUAUUAAAAUGAAGCAGUUUCUAUCUGACGAGCAAAAUAUCCUUGCUCUUCGAACAAUUCAAGUGCGGCAAAGAGGGAGUAUAACUCCUAGGAUUCGGACUCCAGAGACUGGUUCAGAUGAGGCAAUUAAAAAUAUUCUGGAGCAGGCAAAAAAAGAGCUUCAGACUCAAAAAUGUGUUGAAUCGAAAAGCUCUCCAUUGCCUAUAUGCAGUACAAGUUCCAGCAGUAGUGCUGGUUCUGAUGAAGCAAUUCGAUCCAUCCUGGAGCAGGCCCGAAGAGAGAUGCAAGCCCAACAGCAAGUCCUGUUGGAAAUGGAGACCAACAGCAACAACAACACAAUGCCAACUCCACACGUAGAAACUUUACCAGCUACAAACAAAAUCCCUCUUUCCUCAUACAUCAAGCAAGAGGAAGGCAUGGCAACGAGAAGUUCGCAGACUCCUCUCAGUGUUGUAUCACCUGCGGCCUUUGUACAGAACAUAAUACGAAAGGUGAAAUCUGAAAUUGGUGAUGCUGGAUCGUACUUUGACCAGCACUGGGCCACUGAGAGAAAUAUGGCUCAUAGAUUGUAUGCUUCAGUAUCACCAUCACCAUCAUCCUCUUCGUGUGGUUCUUCAGGGACAGGGAAUGUAAGACAGUGGCGAGCUGAACCUAGUGACAACAGCAAAAAUGGUGAGGAACAUUCAUUUGGUGUCGAAGGUACUCACAAACUUACAGAUAUAAAAUCUGAGGGCAGUCCGGACUCGCAAAAUAUUGGCCAGCUUUCUGUAUUCCCUACGUAUGUCCCACGUUCGCUGAAACCAACGGUUCCUCCAUUGACUCCAGAACAGUAUGAGAUGUACAUGUAUCGGGAAGUGGACACAAUAGAACUGACUAGACAAGUUAAAGAAAAACUGGCAAAAAAUGGAAUCUGUCAGAGGAUCUUUGGAGAAAAGGUGCUGGGUCUAUCCCAGGGGAGUGUGAGUGAUAUGCUUUCUCGACCUAAGCCAUGGAGUAAGCUAACUCAGAAAGGUCGCGAGCCUUUUAUCCGCAUGCAGCUGUGGCUCAUUGAUAAGUUAGGCCAGAGUACCCACCCUCCCCAACCUAUACAAGCAGCAAAUAAUGCAGUUCAGGCCAGGUAUUCACCGUCCCCUCCACCCAGCCCCACUGACUGUGAGAAGAGCCAGCAGGAACCGGUGUGUGCAGCUCUGGAAAGCACGAAAGAGAACCAGCAACCUGAAAGCCAAUCAGCUUCUCACUCACUGAGUGGUAAGAGUCUGUCCAACGGCCAAUCACCCACGGGCAUACAGGAAAUGGUAGCUAUGUCCUCUGAGUUGGACACUUAUGCCAUCACCAAGAAGGUUAAGGAAGUAUUGACGGACAACAACUUAGGUCAAAGACUCUUUGGAGAGACCAUUUUAGGACUGACCCAAGGCUCUGUCUCAGAUUUACUUUCUCGGCCUAAACCUUGGCAUAAGCUUAGCCUGAAGGGGAGGGAACCAUUUGUCCGUAUGCAGCUGUGGUUAAGUGAUCCAUUCAAUGUGGAGAAGUUGAGAGACAUGAAGAAAAUAGAAAAAAAAGGCCUCAACACUGGCGACGUGGAUCACCAGAUUCUGGAUCCUAAAUUCCACCACACAAGGUCUAAUACUCAGGGGAUUCACUGUGAGAAGUUGCACAGAUCCUUUGAUCUCUCUCACUCUGUCUUAUCUACCUCCUCAUCCACUGCUGGCUUCCUACUGAUUUUGUGUGUCCUAAUUGUUGAUGUGAAGUCACGUGUUCGAAGAGAAACACUUGUUGAAGAUCUUCAGGAGAAUGACACAGACCAGGAGCCAACCAGUUAUCGAGGGUAUACAACCCACAAUCAUUCUCUUAGUGUUGGUCCACCACAGAGUUCUGACUCUGAGCCAGAAGACAAGAAAGCCAUGUUUACUGAAAUGAAGGACAAACGACCACCAUUGGAGGCAAAUGAGGUGGCGAACAGGGAGAUUAAACAGGAAUUCUGUGAUCAUUGUGAAGAAGAGGGUUAUGACCAUUGUGAUACCUGUUGCAUUCAAAAUGACACAGGAAGCGCUGGUUCAUUUGUACGCCUCCCUGGCACUGUAAAACAGGAGAGAGUAGGGACAGGCUGCAAUCACGAGACACAUUCAUUAAAGACUACCACGGUGCUGCAUAUCCAGAAUCCUCAGUGCUUGAUCAUUGGUUCCUCUAAUUAUGAGAAAAUUCAUGUUAACUCCUCGGACCUCAUGUCUCCAGACAACUCGCCAAAGCCUAAUGCAAGCGUUUCUGCGCCAAAAGAUACAGAAACCAAUGGCCUAAACCCUAACAGUUUCAAAGCAUUCUCUGAACCUCCAUGUGGUAAUCUGGAGGUGACUCUGAAUCCUCCUUCUGCAGCAUCUUCUCCAGGCUUAAUGCCAGUUUCUCCAGUGCCGAUCUCUUCUGCUCCCAUCUCUCCGUCAGUGCCUACUAUUUCAAAGGGGCAGUGCUUGGUCCCUGGCACUGAUGUGGUUACUUUACAGUCGAGCACAAAGUUAAAUAAAAGUAUCCAGAGGCGGCAUGCAAAGAUGGCGAAUCUGAACAACAUAAUUCAUCGACUUGAAAGGGCAGCGAAUCGAGAAGAACCUACAGACUGGGAGUUCUAA